GUUGCCGAAGAACCAUUCCAAGUAUCUGACACGGAAAUCGAAUCCGACAUUUCUGAAGCGACGAGGGAAACUGCGGCUGCCAGAGAAACCACUACGAAAGCAGUGAUAAAUCCAGCGAGUGAAGAUCUUGAUGCAACUAAAAAGAUCGAGAAAAACGUAGCAAAUGUGGAAAGCACAAAAGCUGAUAAAAUUGUGAUCUCAAAUGAAACAGAAAGUGUGAUAACUGAAGAAGCUGCAGACGGUAAGAAAACUGUUAUCAAUCCGGCUCAAAUGAAUCUCUCAAAGGAAAGGGACCUAACCCAGCUCUAUAAUCCGCCCAAGUUGCCGAAGCACAAACAAAACCCUUCAAAGCCAAAGGACAACCAGAAUGAGGAAGACGCUCCAGAAUCUGCGCCACCGUCAACUGUGUCACUUUUCGAUGCCGUCAAACAGAAGGCAGCACCGUCGCAGGGUAAGCCGCAAUUGCCUUUUCGAAGUACCGAGCAAAACAUUCAGAGAGUAGAGCCCAUGGACAGGACAUUUGCAGAAGCAUUAGGGAUUCAAAAUCUGGUUACUCAGCUGGCAGCAGAGAAAGUGUUGCCGCCGUCCAGCGAAGGGAAAGAGCUCAAGUCGGAGGAGACAGCUAAGCUGCCUAGAAAGAAACUGGUGAAGACAAGACCGGUGCUGAGCACCAAGAGAUCUGCGAAGGCAGCCCAAUCGCAGGCAACUGCUGCCGAAUCCAAGGAAGUUGAACCAUUGUUACCAAGGAAGAGACCGCUACUCCCGGAGAGCCAACAACGAGCAAAGACUUCCAGUACUAGUGAUGACGAUGGCGACAUGUUUCAUGGGUUCGAUAAUGGGGCGUCGAGCUGUAAGCGAUUCAAGCACUCGGAGGAGAAAGAAACGGACAUAAGUGAUGAUGCCUCACCUGAUUACGAUGAGAUGGAAGUAGAGCCCCAGCCGGACAUUAAAUUGUCAGCCAAAAAAACCAAGACUGAAUCUGUUGUUGACAACGCGCAGACAGCAUCAAUGCAUACAGAUGCUGCCGCAGUGAAUCUGGAAGACGCCCAACCAACGGAGCUACUCAAAGAGGAUACUCUAAAAAAAAAAACGUCUAAGAAAAAGUCUGCAAUGCAGCAACCGGAAUUACAGCAAAAGGCAAAACGACCUCGAACAGAUAGUGCAAAAGUAAAAGAAGCAAAAAAGAAGCCGGAGUCGAAGUGGAAAGUAAAGGUAAAGAAUGGUGAGCCUUCUACAGAAUGUGCAAAGGAAGGAAAUGUUUCAAAUGCAGCUACGCCCGAAGAGACUGGGAUGGAGGAACCAAUCCCUGUCAAGAAAAAGCGAGGUCGUCCGCGUAAAUCAGCUGUAAUAGCUGACUCCACGAAAACAUCACUUUCAGAGAGCGCGAAUCUGUUGGACUCUCCCGCCGAUAGUAGCAUGCGACCGGUUGCUGCAUCCACGCCGGACGCCAAGCGUCGCGGCCGCAAGACCAAAGAUAUUCAAACAGCCGACAAUGAGAAUAUCUCUGAAUCCUGCCGGCAGACAAACGAAUUUUACCAUCGCCUGCUGCUCACACGCAGCCGUCAGCAAUUGGUCAGCGGGGUGGAGCUGCGCGAGGAUAACGUUGGCGAGGGCGAUCUUCAAUGUGGCUUGUGCCACGCGCGUUGCGACAAGGCUGACUGGCGACUGCAUCUCGGCGAGCACUACGGCGUCGGCUGGCUUAUCGGAGAACCAGCUCCGUUGCUCUCGCGCAGUUCUGUAUUGAAAAUGAUGAAAACUUAUUUGGAUGCGGGCCACAAGCGUUUGAGCUGUCGUCUCUGUCUUCGAAGUCUGACCUCCGCCCUGGGCAUGAUGUUACACCUGGAGGGCUGUGGCAUCAAAGAGCGCAUGGUGUGCGAGAACUGCAAAGGUAGCUAUACCAAGCUCUCCUAUCCGGCUCAUGUUCGCACCUGCACCAAGCGACGGCGGCUGCUAAGCGACGAGGAUCAGGCAACGCAGGCAGCAGCGGAUGCAGAAAUCGAAAAUAGCGCACCUGUUUACAGUAAUGCGGGUCGUACUAAACGCAAGUCCACAUUGAAAGCCGAAACAAAGUUGGAGAAGAUUGCAGCGCAGACAAAAGAGCUCGGCGUCGAUGAAACGGAAAACUCUCAAGGCUUCGAUGGAGUUGCAUUCGAUUACGAUUUGGGCACACAGAAAGCGUCAUCCGACGAAGACGAAUCGGAUGGUGCGGAUUCCAGUCAAACAGAUGGAGAUCAUGCUAGAUCGUCAACCAAAAAAGAACACAAACCAGCCCAAAAGACUUUAUACGGACGUAUAAACGUUAAAAAAGUGAUGAAGGAUCGCUGGAACCAUUUCACCGAAACAAAUUAUGCCAAAAGCAUUUUGUAUCCGCAUCUUGUGCCCCGCUAUGAGAAGCUUUCAGCUGCCGAUACAAGACAGUUGCUGCCUUCCAAGGACUCCACAUCCAUGCGCUAUGCCUAUGACACGGUGGAUGAUAAUGGCUGGAUGCAGUUGAAGCCCAUGGAGGGCUUCAGUAAAGAGCACGAAUGUAUAUUGUAUCUGGGCAACGCUAUUAAGGAGCUGGCGUGGGUGCCAUUGCCUUCGACGGUAGAGACGCAGUAUUUGUUGUGCUCGCAGCGCAACAAGGUGCUCGGCUAUUCCCGUCAAUUCAAGGACAAACCGGAGAAUGCCUUGCUAUUAUUGAUUGAAUGCAAAAUGCCGCCAGCUGGCGACGAUAGCGCGUGGACUCUGCAGACGCGACUGCAUUAUGGCAUAUGCGUGCCAGAGGGACCUGUACAUAGCCUGGCAUUUAUGGCCAGCGGUGGCUACGAUGAGUCCAUUAACCGAUUAGGUCUUCUGGCCGUGGGAGGUUCAUCGGGUGCGGUCAUUUACGCGCUGCCCUUGCAUUUAAAUAACGAGACCGAGCAGGCUGAUGGAAAGGAGCUUGAUGAUGUUAUUGUAUUGCAACCGUUGCUUACACUUAACUUGGACUUAGAUAAUCCUAUGCAGGAUCCGUGCACUAAAAUAUGCUGGUCUGAGAGCUCUGGUCAUAAUUUGCUUGUAAGUGGCUAUGCCAGCGGUAAUGUUGCCUUUUAUGAUAUUUCCGAUGAGCAGGGACUCAAUUGCAUUGAGCGAAAUAAUCAACGACACUUUCUACCCGCACAUUUCUUCUAUUUUGGCGAGCGGAACAUAUAUAAUUUGGAGCUGCAUUAUGACACGAGCGGAGCACGUUGGUUAGCCAUAGGCACCAACAUGCGAAAACUGUGGGUCUAUGACAUAGCCAACUGGUCGCAGCCGUUGCCAAUUUCGGGUGAUACCGUAUGCAAUAUGUUUAUGGGCGGCCUCAACUGGUCUCCUUUGUGGGAGGCAUUGGCCGUUGGUUGCACCGAGGUGUAUAAGUCUCAGUUUCCACGCUUGCUCGCGCUCAAUCCAUCGGGCAUUAGUUUUAGCCAUUCGACGCUGGAUGUGGUGCUGAGCAGCCCACGUGGAAUCCAUUUUAAUUGGGAGCAGUUGACAUUGGUUGCAGCAACGGAUAACGGCGAUGUUGCCUUUUUACAAUGUAAUCAAUUCAAUUUGGAAAUGAUGCUACAAAAGCGAACCACAAAUUGUCGUACUGUGUGCUCAACGGAGCCGUGCCUUUUGAGCGGUGCUCCAGAGUCGAACACCAUUAGCCCCGAACAGUUUAAGCGAGACUAUGGACUGAUCCUGAAGCCACUCAAAAAUGUGCCCAAUGACAAAAAGUCAACGUACAUAAACCUGAAGCGACGACCCAGCUUUGAUCUGUUGAACUUAAUGCGCUUCAAUAGUGUACGUUGGAAUUGGAAUGAGCCCGCACGUAACUGGGUAGUCGUCGGUGCUGAGCACGGUUUGCUUCGUAUCAUUAAAUUUGAGGAAGGGAAACACUUUCGUUUCUUUUAAUAAACACGUUAUUGAGAUUUUAAUUUUAACAUAUAGUUAUGCUAGUUGCUUUUUAAGAAGUUACGGCUUAUGAAGUUUGACGCUCUUGAAGAUUUUUGAAUAACUUGUAAUAAUUUAUUAGUAGCUGUUAUGAUAAUAGGCGUAAUAAUGUAUAU